AUGGCAUCGCCAAAUGGGAGUGCAUCAUCAUCAAGUACACAGUUCGUAAGAGGUUGGGUAAGCCAGCCGGACGGUCGCGGGACUUGGGACAUAAUACAGCAAUGUGUGGCAACGUUGGCUCUUUGUAGCUGGUCAUCUCAGGUUCUGAACAUAUUUCCCGGUGAAGGGCGCGUUUCAUUCAUGAAGUGGAAACUGCGCUGGGUACUGUUUACCCUUUUUUGGCCAGAGAUCACGUUAGGAGUUGCAUAUGAGCAAUGGGAGUCGGCCUCUCAGAGUGUCGAGGACUUUUCCAAAAUAAGCAAGAAAGGCUACGAAACUUGGACUAUGCGGCAUGCUUUCUUUGCUGAAAUGGGUGGUUUCCAGCUUCAGACACCAGACUUUCCAGUAUUUGCCGUGGACAGUCAGCAGAUUCUUUAUCUCAUCAAGAACAACUAUAUCACUUAUCCCAAUGUCGACGUUGAGACCAUUUGGGACAAAAACAAGGCCGACGGGUUCGCCAGAGCAAUCACACUGAUACAGAUCGCCUGGUUCAGCAUUCAGUGCAUCGGCCGCGGUAUCCAACACUUGUCGUUGACGGCACUGGAACUUCUGACGAUCAACAUGAUCUUCUGCACUUUGUUCACCUUCUAUUUCUGGUACCACAAACCUCUGGAUGUCCAAACUCCUAUCGUUUUACCAUCAGACACCACCAUCGCCGAGAUACUUGUGAAAGCUGGAGAUCCAGCCCGGGAGCCCUACAAGCUGACGCCUCUGGAUUUCAUCGCUUCCCGGCCAACUCCAGCAAACUUUGUAGCUGCUUGGUGGUGGGGCCUGAGGCUAUGCUUCGACGGCAAACUUUUCGAGAUGGACAAGGGACCACGUCCGGCCACGACCUUUUCCCACUCAAGAUCAUUACCGCCUCGGGGUUACUCCUUCUGGUCUUGCCUCUGUAGGAUUCUCAUAUCGUCAGCAUACUUUGCCCUUCAUUUUGCAGGGUGGAACUUCACACUUCCCACGACCCUUGAGCAGAAGCUAUGGCACACUGCAAUGAUCUAUUUUGUCGGGCUGUAUUGUACUUACCUGGCCGUCUUCACCGUCGUGACGCUUCUUAGUGGGUGGAUUGCAAGUAAAUAUUUCCAAAAAGAGGCAAGAACUUUUAUUGAAGUUGCUUCUAUGUUCCCGCAGUGGUUUCAGCUUUGUGGCUUACUGCCCAUCUACGGGUCCUAUGGUGUUAUGCGCGCGUAUCUAGUCAUUGAAAGCUUCAUCAGUCUGCGGAUGCUACCUAUGGAUGCCUACGACACUGUCAACUGGUCUGAUUUCAUUUUUCAUCUCUAG